AUGUCAGCACCAGUGCAAAGUGAUUUCAGUGUUCGGGUUGCCAAGUGAGUUUUUUUUUUGAAUAGAAACAAAUGACUUUUACUGACAAAAGGAUGGGAGUGAACACUUGAUCUGAGCAUUUUUCUGGAGCUCCAAACUUCAGAGAAAUUGAGCUAUUAAAACCCACUAAAUUGCAUUUAUUCCGGGACAUUAUAAACUUCCCUUGUGAAAAUUACAGUCGCAAAAUUUCACCUGAAAUUUCCGAACAGAGUCUCAAAUUCAAAAUAAUUUUCAGAAGAAGCGAUGAGAUGCGUUAUAUGGAAGACAAUCGAAAACUUCUAAACUCGAUAAUCAACCAUGGCAUUAAUGAGCCGGAUGGGGGGAAGAACCGGAAAAUGCGAGGAAUUCGAGAAGGAAUGCGGAUUAUUGGGUGUUUUUGAAACCAACUUCGAGUUGUGAAUUUCAAGCGUAUAAAGUUGAUGAAUGGCACAAGUUCUUGCCAUCAAUCACUCAUAAAACUUUAGAUAUUAUUCAAGCUGAGGAGAAGUUUUUGCAGUAAGUUAAGCUAAAUUAGCUGUCACUUUCAUAAAAAUUACAGAUGA